AGGCAUAUUUUGUUUAUGAUAUGAUAAGCUUGCUACGUAUACUUAAUCAUAGUCUUAUACACUACUUAUAAAACUAGACCCUUCCUCCACCCCCCUUCUACACCACAACGCAACAGCGCUCAUUCAUCAUUCCAUGUCCAAACGCCGGUCAGCUGGUUAUUCGCCUUGGCGCGCUUUGCUAGAUGAGCUUUCAUACCGAUGAAAGCUCUCGCUCUCUGUCUCUCGCCCAGCAUGGGCAGAGCAUGCACAGUGGCGUAACAGUGAAAGUUUGUCUAGCAGAAACUUUGGCUGGGCAGUGUGGGCUGCCCGGUUGGAGCUGUGUGCGUACGCCACUGGCGCAGCAUAAGCAUUGUGGAGCAGCACGUUUCCAUAUGAUUUUCAGUUUUGUUUGUGCGCUUGACUCUGCAGCAGAGCGCAGAGCUCACAGAAUAAUUUUAAACAUUAAUGUGUAGUGAAUUUUAUAACUAUAUAUAUACAUAUACAAUAUUAUAAAUGCUGGAUUUAUAAAAUAUAGCUAAUAUCAAAUAAAAUAUUAAUAAAGAAACGACAAAAACCUACAAAUAUUUGAUCUUGAUUGCUUCAUUCAUAUACAUAUAGUAAGCUAUGAGUAAAUCGCAUCGGGAUCUAAAGAUCGUUGUCAUCGGUGCCGGAGCAUCGGGCGUUGCCUGUGCGACGAAACUUCUGGAGUAUGGCUUUCAGAAUGUUCUCAUCGUGGAGGCCGAGUCCCGUUUGGGCGGUCGCAUACACACAAUACCUUUCGCCGAGAAUGUGAUUGAUCUCGGGGCGCAGUGGUGUCAUGGGGAGCAGGAUAACAUAGUCUAUCAGCUGGCCAGCCAAAAGGACCUACUGGAGUCCACUGGUCCGGUCUAUGAGAACUAUCAAUGUGUGCGCAGCAACCGGGAGGUAUUACCCGAUAACGUGGCCAACAGGCUAAAGGCAAUUGUGGGCGACUCUCUGGUUAGCCGUCAGAUGGAGCUGCAGCAUUGCAGCGGUUCCCUGGGCAGUUAUCUGACCAAUAAAUUUUAUGAAAUGCUACGCCGACCCGAGAAUGCCGAUAUAGAUAAAGUUUUGGCUAACGAGUUCUUUGAUAACUAUCAAAAGUUCGAAAACUCCGUGGAGGCCUCCGAUAGUCUCGAGGAGGUGUCGGGUCGUGGCUACUUGGACUAUUGGGAGUGCGAAGGCGACAUAUUGCUCAAUUGGAAAGACAAAGGAUUUGUGGAGCUGCUCCGCCUGCUCACACGCAGUCGAGAGCUGCAAACGUCCUCGGAUCUCGGCGUACUGGAACAGCGAGUGUUAUUCAAUCGUGCCGUUAAAAAGAUACUCUGGAAUCGCAACGAUUCUCGCGUGGAGCUGCAGUUGAGCAACGGGGAAUGCUGCCUAGCAGAUCAUGUGAUUGUGACCGUAUCCCUGGGUGUGCUCAAGGAACAACACUUACAGAUGUUUGACCCACAGCUGCCAGUUGCCAAGCAGCGCGCCAUCCAAGGCUUAGCCUUUGGCACGGUUAACAAAAUCUUCGUGGAGUUUUUGGAGCCAUUUUGGCCCGAGGACUGGACGGGCUUCACUCUGCUAUGGCGGGAGGAGGAUCUGGGUGAUAUACGGAAUACGUCACGUGCCUGGCUGGAGGAUGUCUUCGGCUUCUACAGAGUUAGCUAUCAGCCGCGCGUCCUGGCUGGUUGGAUCAUCAACGCGAGUGGCAGGCACAUGGAGUCCCUGGAUCGUAAUGAAGUGCUCGCUGGCUGUAUGUAUCUGUUUCGUCGCUUCCUGCAUUGGGAUAUACCGGACCCGGUCAGCUUUUGCACCUCCGCCUGGUAUACAAACCCGAAUUUCCGUGGCUCGUACUCCUUCCGUUCCAUGGACACGGAACGUUUGGGCACUGGCGCCCAGGAUCUAGCACAGCCCUUGACAGUGGUUGCCAUGACACCUCAGUCGCCGGCCCGCAGCCGAAGCCGAAGUCUACCCCAACAGAGUCGCUGUGAUCGACCCAUUGUCCAAUUUGCAGGCGAGGCGAGCAGCCCUCAUUACUAUUCCACGGUCCAUGGAGCUGUGGAGGCCGGCUGGAGAGAAGCUGAUCGAUUGGCGGAGUUUUAUGGCCUAAAUGAUGCGACGGCCAAAUCGCAGCUAUAGCGAUCGCUGCAUAUUUCAUUUGACAGACUCUUCCUGGCUGACUGAUUGACAAUUGACUGAUUGACUGAAGUCAUUUCAGGCAACUACUGUGGCCCAAACGAACCAACGGCCACCUACAGCUAGAUUUUCAUAUUCUUCCCGGCUGAUUGACAAUGAUUGAUUGGCUAUGUCCAUGGCCAUUACAAAGUGUUUCCCUACUUUAUAAGUAACUGUUCAAUGGCUUGAGCAUAAACUGAUUUAAAUAUAAAAAAAAAAACAAUCAAUCAAAUUUAACUGAACAAUACAUCCUGAAUAGACUCUAAGAAAUAUAUAUAUACUGAUGAUGACAAAUAUG